AUGCCUCUGAUACGACCAACCGCCUUCUCUAGCCGCGCCGCCCAGUUGGCCCUCGCCUCGACUCCUCGAUCCAUCGUCGCGCGCCGAGCUCUCUCCACCACACAACAACUGCGCGGCGGCGCCUCACACGACGACCACUUCGACCCUCCGGGCGGUGUCCUCUUCGGCGUCAAGCCCGGUGAGAAGUACCAGGACGAGGGCUGGGAGAAGAUCUUCUACUGGGGUUUCUUUGGCAGUUUGGCCUUUGGCAUCAUCGGCUACGCAUACAAGCCCGACACCAGGUUUGUUCCUACCGCGUCUGGCCUGUCUUUAAUAGCAGUGAAGCUGACUGUAACCUNNACCAGCAUCCAAACAUGGGCUCUUGAGGAGGCUAGAAGAAGACUCGAGGCCGAGGGCAUCCUCGCCGACCCCGAGGACGAGUAG